CAAAUCCGCUCUCCCACCUUUUUGUGAAUCUGAAACGGCAUGACUUCUGCAACUGUUGGCCUUUCAUUUCGACGUGUCUGCAAAUUCAUGCUAGAGUUUAAUCGUUUACUUCUGUGAAGUGAUCCCUCCCUAUAUAUCCUUUGAUACCAAUCUGAAUGUCUUCAUCAUCAGAGAAGCCAUCUACACCUACUGUUCCUCAGAUAAUCUUGACAGAGGUACUAUCCUCCAACCAUCACCAUGAAUCAGAGCAUGCAACUCCGAAUUCCCCUGAAUCCUUGUCCCCCACACAUUUUCGAUCGUCUUCGUCAGCAUCGUCUGGUUUUCGGUGGAGUCCAGCCUCAUUGUCUCCAGUAGCUCCCGUGCCCGCUGCAACCAAUCCAGCGCCUUUACCACUCACAAGGGACCUGCUGCAAAAGAAAAAUAAAUUGGACAAUCUAUUGCCGAAUCGACCACCGUUUUUUAAUUCCACUCUUUCUGCUGUGGAUGAACGAGUAACGGCCGGUCUUGGCAUCUCCACCACAUCUCAUCUUCGUCCUUCGCUGUCCCCGGGUUAUCCAACAUCGUCUCUCUCGGAUACCGGUCUACGUUCUCGACGCCAUUCGGCUCAGUUGGAAGCGAUCGACAAAUCCAAACUGAAUUCACCACGAACGAGCGACUUGUCUCCAUUCUCUUGGACUUACGAAGCCGACUUGCCGAAAUCUCCUUCAGGGUUGUCGUUCAAUGAUCUAAAACUGACAUCACGCACCUCGUCGUUGACAUCCGUCACCGGGUCCUCCGUUCGAAAGAGCGAGUCCAUGCGAGCCUAUGAUACCCGAACCCAUCAUUACAUGCGAACACAUCCUUCUCCAUUGAGACUGAACCGCCAUCACAUGCCUACGAUAUCGCACAUGUCAGAAAUGUCUCAGCGACGACGAAAACAUCGACUGGUCGAAAUACUGUUUGGCGGAGCCCGACGAGUCAUCCAUUCUCGAGUGUCGGAAACCAAAGCGUUGGCAAAAUUGGACAAUGUUGAUUUGAUUCAUUGUUUAACAACCGAUCCAGGCCAAUUAUCCGAUACGACGCCACCUUACUCAGCACCACCUGAACCACCCUCCAAACUCAAUUCGUCGCCCAAAGCGAGUAUGGUGAGCGACAAGCAAGGCGCCAUUGUUUUGUCCAAAGAUGGCAAUACCGAUCAACAUGAUCUGGUCUACCGCUCAGAAAAGAACGAGGCUGUGCCUCUUUCAGCCGGGGCCUCAUCGUCCACUCUCCACCGACAACUGGAUCGGAUUCGAUCUGCACCGGCUCCCUUGUACCGCCUGGAAGGUCGUUCCUUGCACAUCUUUUCCCCCACCAAUCCCUUGCGCUGCAUUGCAUGGAAGUUUAUCAGAUCAAGUUAUAUUGAAUCCUGGAUGUUGAUCCUCCUGCUACUGCAAUGGUUUGUGCUUGCUUGCGUCCCCAUCCUCAGAAAUACAGAGAAAACCGUAUUUGGGGCUCAUUGGUCCCAUUACAUUAUAUUCGCUAUUCAAAUCGUCUUUACAAAUGAUCUGCAAAAUUGUCGCCUACGGACUCAUUAUACCUCCCGAUGUUGAUAAACACGCUGUACAUAUCAUCUUUGAGCCCGUGGGUCGACUCAUCCGUAAAACCUUUUAUUGCACAUCCGAAUUGACCGAAGAUUCAUCUCCACCUCCCACAAGUUUCCCCGUAAAAAAAUCACACAACCGAAAUCACAAAGCUUAUCUCAACAGUUUCGGAAAUGCCA